UUGUCGCAUUCAGGUAGGCCUAAUGUUUCAAAAAAAAAAGAAAAAGAAAAAAAAAAAUGAUCACAAUAAAUAAAUAGGCCUAAAUAUGUUUGUGUCGAUAUACUUUCAUUUGGGAAAACAGAAAUACAUCAUAUCGUAGCUUAAAUUUGUCAGUUUAAAGUAGACUAUUACUUUUUCGAUUAAACGUCACAGUCUAGUGCGUUGAGAUUAAUCCUGCAUGCAACUACUGACAAGGUAAUGGUAAACUACGGCUGGCAUGGACUUCUUUGAUGGGCAACCGUGAUUGUUUUUUGUUUGUUUGUUUUUUGUAAUCUUCACAAACUUGUAUUGACAUAUGAUGUGUACACUUUUAUUGGAAAUUCAAAAGUUCCAAGUUCAAAGAUUCUAACCUCAGUUAGAAUGUAGCUUUUGCGGUUUGCUUUCCCAGUUAACAUUAGCCUACACAUUAUUAGUCAUUGAUAGCUUUCGCUUCAAAAUACAAACAGAAAAAAAAUUAAAGCAUCUGUCAUUUUCAUUUCUAGAUCACGUGACAUUGGCAUCCGCUGUAAUGGAUAAAGAUGGAUUUCCACGUCAUCUUACGUCUCAAAAUUUCUUCCUUUCGGAUAGCCCGGGUAGGAGACACGCGCUCAUGAGAGCUAUGUUGUGGGCGUUGCGUAUAGAUCUUACAAGCCCAAGCUAGAAGCUGCACGGUUUUAAUGAUGGAUUUUGACGAGAGGGUUUCCGUUGGCUCAAACAUGUAUCUGCCUAGCUGCACGUAUUACGUUCCGGGGGCUGAUUUCUCCACGUUGCCAUCUUUCCUAUCCCAGAAUCCAUCUUCUCGUCCCGUCCCCUAUUCGUACUCCUCAAACCUGCCUCAGGUACAGCAUGUAAGGGAGGUUACAUUCCGGGACUAUGCUAUUGAGGCGUCAGGUAAAUGGCCUCACCGAGGUCCACUGGCUCAGUGUUAUCCGUCGGAGGAUAUAGUGCACAGGGAGUGUUUACCAGUGCCGACGAGUGUUGGUGAAAUGUUCCCCAAGAACAGCUCAUCUGCCUAUUAUCACUCUGCAUCGACCUCGACCUCUGCAUCCUGCUUCUACGGUGGUGUAGGAAGAAAUGGGGUGCUGCCUCAAGCUUUUGACCAGUUUUUCGACAAUGCGUAUGGGGUCUCGGACAGUACAGCGAACAGCGGCUAUGCAGCGAGAGAUAAACAGCACUCCAGCAAGCACCCAACGCCAGCGCCCGCACCCGAGCAGGAGUCUCAAGGAAAGGAGCGACAGGAGACCAGUACUCCCGAAUCGUCUUCCGGCAACAAUGAGGAAAACACUAGCGGUGCGAGCAGUGGACCCAGGGUUCGCAAGAAGAGAUGCCCGUAUACAAAAUUUCAAAUUCGAGAGCUCGAGAGGGAGUUCUUCUUUAGCGUCUACAUCAACAAAGAGAAACGACUUCAGCUCUCACGGAUGCUUAACCUCACCGAUCGCCAAGUGAAAAUUUGGUUCCAGAACCGGCGCAUGAAGGAAAAGAAACUUAAUCGGGACCGAUUACAAUACUAUACGAACCCUCUGCUCUAGGACGACGAGGAAAUAACUUAUACAAAAGCUGCAAUAAUGAUAUCAACAAUGAGAUGUUACAGAUUCUCAGCGGUUAAUUUCAAGUUCGUGACAAGGCACCAUUCACAUUAACUUGAUGAAUGCAAUUACUGAGAGACAUUUAAGUUUGCCUCAUUUAAUGGGUUGUUUUGUGGCCAUACAUAUAUACAGUAUAUAUAUAUACGUGAAUUUCUACACCAUUUGUUUGCGAACAUACAUUUUGUUGAAAGUAGCUUACUUAUCUGCUUGCACUUGUGGUGAAUUAUAUGCGCAACGACUGCGUGCAACUGUCUGAAAUAUUUGGGUCUAAGCAAGACUUGGCUUUUUUUAGCAACUCACCAAUAGUGCGUAGAGGAAUGUAUGGUGUGUUGUACAGUUGAGCCUAAUAACAUUUGUGUGACCAAAUAGAAAAACUGUGAGAAUGUUAGCAUUACUGCUCCAGGCUUCCUAAAUAUUUAUUGAUUUGCAACCAAAUGAACUGCUCUCCCUUGUAAUAGUGAUAAUGUUGCACCUUCUGAUUGUGUUCUAACACUCGGUUGUCUCUCAGAAAAUGAAAGUGACUUAUUACAAGCAAGUGUAAACUGAUCAUAUUUUGGUCAUCCAAAGUUUUCACUCGUUGCAAACUGUGAACAGGAAAACAAGAGACACUAACUCAACAAAGGUUGAAAACGUAGAAAAUUAAGUGAGAAAACUCGCUGAAUCUCAACUGAAAGCCAUAAAGAGCGUUUCUGGUCCUGCAGAGUCCAAGAAGUGGCCUCAUUCAGCUCAUUAUAAGACAUUGAAGCAUUUUCACACAAAAGGGAAACAUGUUUAAUGCUGAACCUAUUUGUUGGUAAAUGUUGUACUCUGCAAAGAAACGUGACGAAUAUUGUGCUGGGAUUAAACAAAGCUUGGCUGCUUAUAAUCCAGGAGGUCAUGUAUAACACAUUUCUUAAAUUAAAUAUUCAA